AUGAGUGUGCGUGUAGACGGCAAGUUAUUAUGGCGCAAGCUCUUUGCAUUCGAUUAUCAGUCCGACGAGGACGUCUUAGCCAAUGCUCAAGAUAUCACGGAUCAUAUGUGCAGUAUGAUUCAAACUUCCAUUGCCCAUGGACGUCAAGAACCGCUCCGUCAAAUGUUGCUACAACGUCUUGGAUAUUGGCUCCGAUCGGACGUGGUGCCUCGAUUCUGGAGCUUUUUUGACACAAUAACGACUGAAAUGGAGUCUUAUGGAGACUUGAGACGUGGUCAAAGACAUGUGACGCUGCUCUGCGCCCAGCAACUGACGCUGGCGUUACAAUUUGUCGAAGACGCGUUUGCCCAUUGUGUCCAGCUUGCCAGUUUCUUUGACGACCGUGGACCACUUGAGCAACUGAAUAAGAACAAAGAAAGGACAAUGUUGCACGAACUUCGAAUGAGGUUGCGGUGUUUGGUGUUUGAAGACGCACAAGCACUCGAGAAAUUUGAAGAGUUGCUGUUUCUUUUCUUUUCCAUGAGUUUCCAGCAGUUUCGAGGCAAAGAAAAGGCUCAAGUUUUUGACUCGAGACCGAUACGACAGACGCUAUUGCAAUUGGAGUGGAUGCAUGUGGUCGAGCAAGCAUUGCUACGAGUACUGCACUCACAAGUGAAGAAGGUUGUGAGGUCAAGGUGUGGAGAAGUGUACGAUGAGCUGCUCCUCGCACAAGUGGAGCAAUGGGCGUGCUCAGAGUUGUUGCCAUGGCUAGAAGAAAUGACGCAGACAAAUGAUGCUGCGUCUUCGGGAAAGUGGAGACGGAUGGUAUCGCGACAUGUGCUGCAGGAAUUUGGUAGUCGACGGAUCACGCAACUUUUUGAGAUUAUCAAGGAGUAUCCUGACAGUGUACCAGCGUUGGAGGAUCUGAGACAGUGUCUUGAACGCACCCAACAGCACGGUGAGCUCUUGCAAGAAUUUGGAGGUGCGUUGCAGUCACGACUACUCCAGCCAGGAGCCAAUACGUCUGCAAUUCUGGAUAUAUAUGUGUCGACCAUCAAGGCGUUUCGACUUCUAGACCCAAAGGGUGUUUUGCUUGAAGCACUGAGUGGCCCAGUGAAGGAGUACUUAAGGAAGCGUAAAGACACAGUGCGCUGUAUUGUCCAGAGUCUCACCGACGAACACAAUGGCGACUUGUUUGAAGAACUUCGCCGCGACAACAUGCGUAUCAUACAGUAUGGCGACGAUAGCGACGAUGAUGAGGAUAUAUCACCAGACUCGUGGGAGCCAGCUCCAAUUGAAGCAGACCCGACAAAGUCAUCACAAAGUCGAAGCAGCGACGACAUUUUGAGAAUUUUGGUCAAUAUUUAUGGAAGCCGUGAACUUUUUGUAAAUGAAUACCGGAUGAUGCUGGCAGAUAAGUUGCUGCAGAAUCUUGAAUUCGAUACCGAUCGAGAUGUGCAGACAUUAGAACUGCUAAAGCUGCGUUUUGGUGAGGAAAGCUUACAGCAGUGCGAGAUCAUGGUGCGUGACAUUGAAGACUCUAAACGCCUUCAAGUGAAUGUUCAAUCUUCGAUGGAGAACCCUGCUGCGAAGGCUGCAGCAGCAGCUGAAGCAAGAGCUGGAAGAGAGGAAGACCAACCUGAUCGGGCUCGAAUUCCGUUCUCAUGUAUCGAUGCAACGAUUAUUUCCCAGCAAUUUUGGCCACCGCUGCAAGUUGAAGACUUUGCGCUGCAUCCAAGUAUGUCGAAGAAAAUUGACGCAUUUACCAAAGCAUACCACGUCCUGCGCAACCCACGCUCUUUGGAUUGGAAUCCUUCACUUGGGUCCGCUCAGCUGUCGAUUGAGCUAGAAGACGAAGUACGCGAGUUUACCGUCUCACCUCUACAGGCCACGAUAAUUCUCUAUUUCGAAGAUAAAGACCGUUGGACUGUUGAAGAGCUUGCCGCAAAACUAGAAAUUUCUGAUGACGUGCUCUUGAAGCACGUGUCAUUGUGGGUAAGCCACGGAGUUGUUUCGUUUGCAUCGGGGCGGAAAGAACUAGUGGCGAGCACAUCAUUCCGGGACGCGCAAUGCAAUGGUGACUCGAUGGUUGAUGAAGCUAAAACUGCUGUGUCAUCAGAUGCUCAAGCAGAAGAGGAUCUCAAAGUGCUGCAGAAUUAUAUUGUGGGCAUGCUCUCAAACUUUGGGUCGCUGAGUAUCCAGCGAAUUCACAAUAUGCUAUCGACGUUCGCGCGAAGUGGUGCUCAACCAUACACCAAGACAAUCUCUGGACUUUCGAUAGUUCUUGACAAGCUGGUCACCAUAGGCAAGCUCGAACUUGUUGGUGGUCAGUAUCAUCUCACGAAGUAA